AUGGACGAAUCACAGAUGUUCCCGCCCUCCAAGCUAGGCGAGUACACCGUCAUCGCUGAUAUUGCAGAGGGGACUUUUGGCAAGGUCAAAAUGGCGAUCCAUACGGUUACUGGCCACAAAGUCGCGAUGAAGUACAUCUCCAAAGCCGUCAUCCAGCGCGAGAAGACCAAGACUCGCGUACGCCGCGAAUUCGAGUAUCUCAGAACCUUGCGGCACCCGCACAUCAUCAAACUCUACGAAGUCAUCUCAACACCCACCGACAUCAUCUUCGUGCUCGAAUACGCAGGAGGCGAGCUAUUCAACUACAUCGUCGCCAACGGGCGCAUGUCCGAGGCCCAGGCCCGCCGCUUCUUCCAGCAGAUAAUCUCAGGCAUCGAGUAUUCUCACAGACUCAAGAUCGUCCACCGUGACCUCAAACCAGAGAACGUCUUGCUCGAUGACGACCUCAACGUCAAGAUCGCAGAUUUCGGCCUCUCCAAUGAGAUCAGCGACGGCGAUUUCCUGACGACGAGCUGUGGGAGCCCGAACUAUGCUGCCCCCGAGGUCAUUCGGGGAGGCGUUUAUGCUGGCCCGGAAAUCGACGUGUGGAGCUCGGGCGUGAUUCUCUAUGUCAUGCUGUGUGGUCGUCUCCCCUUCGAAGAUGACGACGUCCAGAUGCUCUUCCAUAAAAUUAGCCAGGGCCAGUUCCAUUGCCCGUCCUACCUGUCCAAGGAUGCCCAGUCGCUCAUCAACUCGAUGCUCGUCGUCGACCCCGUCAAGCGGGCCACCAUCACCGAUAUCAUAAACCACCCCUUCUUCAAAGUAGAUCUCCCCCGCUACCUGACGCCGCUCCCGCCCCCGCCCGGCCCCGUCCUGGGCAUGCUCACCACCCUCGUCGCCCCGCCCAAGCAACUCGACUAUGAGAUCAUAGACGGCCUCGGCCGCAUUGAAGAGGAUGUCGUGGAACAGCUUGCGGCGCGGAUGAUUGGCGUUAGCAAAGAUGACAUUUGGGAGUGUUUGAGGAGGGACGAUGGAGCGCAGGGUAAUGCGGUUAAAGUUGCGUAUAUGCUUCUGAGGGAUAAGAAUCGCCUUGGGAAAGACUUGGCUGUCUUUGCAGAGGCAGAACGGGAUGCCCAACUCGCUGCCCAAGACCCCCUCACAGGCCUUCUAUCCCCCACCGCGCUCUCACCCGCCGCCACCGAAAUAGAUUCCAACCCCUUCGAAGCCGAGCUCAACGCCGAAUACGAAGAAGAAGAAGAAUACCUCUCCGAAGACGAGCUCGACUCGUUCAUCGCGGCCCCACCCGCGACGGACCCGACCUUUGCCGUCCUGAACUCGUCCCUCCCCGAGCAGCUCCCCGAACAGCACCACCUCACGUCGUACGUCUCCGCGAAACGAUCAGCGCGGUCUGGCGAGAAGAAGCAGCACCGGACAAAGUGGCAUUUUGGGAUUCGGAGCCGGAGUCCGCCUAUGGAGGUUAUGCUUGAGAUUUAUAGGACGCUAAAGACGUUGGGUAUGGAGUGGAAGGAGAAGAAGAAUUUGGGCGGGCUUGGGGGGUUGAAGGCGCGGAGGCAGCAUCAUCAUCAUCAGUAUCAUCACCAUGAGCGGGGGAGGGCAUCGAUUGAGAGGGCGAGGGAGUACGAUGGGGAUGGUGGUGUGGAUUUGAAAGCUGCAGCUGGGAUUUACUGCGUCGAGACGCGGUGCCGGGUUCAAGACGUGGUCGUGCUGAUGAACCUCCAACUCUACAUGGUUGAUUCUAUCAACUAUUUGGUUGAUUUUCAUCAUAAGAAGACGUACAAGGCGAGUACGGAGCCUGGGGCGGGCAAGUUUGAUAUGGCGCAUUUUGAGAUACCGAGUGAUAGUUGUAGUGAGAGUGAGAGGAGUGUGAAGGAGAAGGAGGGGUGUUUUGGGAUUGGGGGGAGGGAGGAUGAGGUUGUUUCGCCGUUUGUGUUUAUGGAUGUUGCGUGUCGGUUGAUUUUGGAGUUGGCGGGGGGAGGGGAGUUGGUGGAGGGGAGGGGGCGUGGUGUUGUGACCGAGGAGGUGGGGUGUGGUGGGAGUAGGAGGGAAAAAGAGACAGGCCUACGUGGCGAUGCGAUGUAG